GUGUUGCUAAACCACAAUCUUUGCUUCGUCCGUAGUGUUUCCAGAAAUAAAAAUUAAAAAUAACAAGUUAAAGAUGGCCGAUGCGGACACUCGUUCUCACAGCGUUAAUCUGGGUGCCUUGAAAAGGGUAGACCCCUACGCAGUGGAAAUUGUUGAAACCGGAACUCAAGUUGCUAUUUAUAAAUUCAAUUCUCAAUCCAACGAAUGGGAAAAAACCGAUGUCGAAGGCACCUUAUUCCUCUAUGCAAGGUCAGGGGACCCAAGGCAUGGCUUUGUUGUCAUGAAUCGCCUAAGCACGGAAAAUCUCGUGGAACCAAUCACUAGAGACUUGGAGAUCCAACUUCAAGCUCCAUUCCUCUUGUACAAGAAUGCCAAAUUAUCCAUCACAGGAGUGUGGUUUUAUGAGGAAUCGGAGUGCACUCGAAUAGCUCAAAAGUUGGAAGCAUUAGUUAAAGGAGAAACUCAGCGACGUCGGCCUAAUGUCGCUCAAGAAAAAUCGAAUGUUGAUAUCAUGUCCUUGCUUACCAAAGCAGGUCAAGAGUAUGAACAGAAUGGAAAGCCGUCAGUUCCAGUGUCCACGUCCAGCAGUGUUGAUGUAGUCCGCCCGACCGCCCUGCGUCCGACGUCUAAUGGCGGUACAUCCCAAUCUACCACGCUUAGUGUUGCUGAUUUGUUUGGAAUGGAGCCGAUUCAUCAAUCUACGCCAAUGCCUCUGCAUCAUUGUGGAUCUCUUUUUGAAAGGCUUAUGUCAGCCGGGACGCCUACAGGUGUCCCUCCUCCACCACUUCCGAAUGCGGAAUUGCACACAGCACAGAGUUUGGAGCGUGAAUUGCGAGGGAAAGAAAAGCCAAAGGCCACAAAUGGAACUGGAGAGCACCCCUUGCCUCAUUCAUCACCAAUGCAUUCGAAUGCUAAUGGUAAACCUAGUGGAUUGUCGAAUAAUCCGGUGGUUCUUACUCAUCCUCAGAUAACCCAAGUCAUGCAGAAAAGCACGACCGGCACCCCUCCUCGUCAUACUGGAUUACAGUCAGUGGCUCUGAUGUCUCCUAUGAUGUUUACAUCGGCGUCUGUAACCAGUGAACAGUCGGUGGAAGCAGCUCGCGUACAGACACCAGUCCAACGUCCAGCUUUUCCAUCUCGAGAGGAACCAAAUAAUUCUUACCUAGUAGAUAAUGAGAUCACGCCGUUAACUAAAGCUCAGCUUAUGCAAGCUUUCAACUAUCUCCUCAAAAACGAUCCCAAUUUCAUCACCCAGCUUCACGACGCCUAUGUUCAGUCGUUGAAACAGAGUUUGAAAACCGCCACCUCAAUUAUCUCUCCACCUCCUCUCUUUCCAACUCGAAAGAGCUGUGAUCUUCUUUUUACGGACAAACAUGACGUUGCUUUGAUCGAGCGCCAUAUGGUUAUUCAGUCGAAAUCUGGAACAGGGAAAACUCUUGUUUUUGGAAUAGUGAUGCUGGAAUCUAUUGAUCUUGAAAUCAGUACUGUACAGGGAUUGAUACUUGCUCCAACCAGAGAGAUUGCUUUCCAGAAUGCACAUGUUAUUUACACUAUAGGUUCAGAACUUCCAGGCCUAAAUGUCCAGGUCUUUAUUGGAGGUCUUCCUGUUGAUACUGACCUGUCCAAAUGCAAAUCAUGCCACAUUGCUGUUGGAACUCCAGGGCGUGUAAAACAAUUAAUAGAAAAAGGUGCAUUGAAGACUAAAACUAUCAGGCUCUUUAUUUUGGAUGAAGCCGAUAAAUUAAUGGAGGAUAGCUUCGCUGAUGAUGUCAUGUGGAUAUUUUCUCAGAUGCAGCUUACUAAACAAGUUUUGGCAGUCAGUGCCACGUAUCCUGAAGUGUUGGCAAACCUGGUUUCUCGAUAUAUGCAAAAGCCGUCGUUUGUGCGUUUGGGUCAUCAUCAACCUACUUUAUUGGGCGUUAAACAAUUUGUCUUUCGUGUUGCUUAUCACCCAAUGGCACAGCAGCAAGCCAAAAACAAGUUUGAGAUUUUGUUAAAAAUGCUCAAGGUUAUCGAGUUCGGUCAAUGCAUGAUAUUUACAAACCUACAAACGAGAGCCGAAAGCUUGGCUGCUCAAUUAUCAAGCAAUGGUCACGCAGCCUUAUCGAUUUCGGGAAGUCAGACUCAGACAAAACGUUUGCAGACACUUCUGAAGCUACGUCAAUAUCAGUGUAAAAUUCUAGUUGCGACCGAUUUGGCGGCUCGUGGAAUUGACGCUGAACACAUCGAUUUAGUCAUUCACAUGGAUGUGCCUCGGGACGCAGCCACAUACCUGCAUCGAGUGGGUCGAGCUGGAAGGUUUGGAGCGGCCGCCUUGACGUGUACUAUCGCAUGUGAGGGCAAUGAAUUGACUGAAUUGCGAUCCAUCAUCACAAAAACAAGAGCCUCCGUCCGAAUCUUGGCGUGUGACCAUUUGGCACCUAAAGAUCACGACUCGAGCCAACCUGAGACUCUGCUGACGAUUCAGGCCCUUGACUCUCUUUGGCUUACUUUACCAGAGCUGGAGGGCACUGGUCUUGAGGGGGAAGGUAUGGCUGACAGUCUUCUCAGUAAUAUUGAACACGAUUUCCAGCCUGGUCUGCAAGAUAGUACUAGAGCACUAUUACCGCAAGGGAACAAGCGCAAAAAUAAACCCCGAGCGAAAACUGUUCUUAAAACAAACGAUACUGAAGAAGAGCUGGAACAAGCUGUGACUCACCUAAAUAUCGCUGUGAAAGAAGAGCAACCCACGAGACCGACGCAACAGGAAUGGAGCGAUUGGUAUCAGUACUGGAUGUCAUACAUGAGACGGAAUAAGGCGUUGAUUGAACAGCAAGAAUAUUUGAGAUUAAUGUGCAGUGACAUUAGAUAAAUUUUGGCAUGGUGAAUCUAUGCAGAGAUUUGUUUUUUGUUUUGUCUUCAGCUUUAAAAACUCCGCAAUAUAUUGGUAAUAAAAUGUAUUGCCUGAG